CCAGUAAAUUUUAAAGAAAAAAACUUUGAAAAUGAUCCAAAUUAUAAUGAAAAAUGUGAAGUUCUUGAUGGACCUGUAAUCAAUGUGUCUAAUUCAAACGAUAUCCAUGCGAAUAAUGAUCCAAAAAAUUGGCCAUCUAAGAAAAAAUGGUUUAUCUUGUCUAUAGUGGUUGUUUCAGGAAUGUUGUCGCCCAUUGCUAGCACGAUUCUUUACCCGGCAAUGUUAACAUUACGUCAAGAAUUAAAUACCACUGAAAUAGUUGUCAAUUCAUUAAUUUCAAUGUUCAUAUUUUGCAUGGGAAUCGCGAAUUAUGAACUUUUAGCAGGUCUAAAACGAGCAAUUGAAAAUUCUAGCCCUAUAGUAUGGGCCGCAUACUCUGAUGAAUUUGCAACGAGACGUAAAGUGUAUUUAGCCUCUCUUAUGGUAUUCAUCAUAUCGACCAUAAUAUGUGCAGUGGCCAAAAGCAUUUGGUUGUUAAUGAUAAUGCGUGCUAUUCAAGCUUGUGGUUCGUCUGCUGUAUUAUCUAUUGGCGCUGGAAUUAUAAGUGAUAUUUAUGAUCCAAUUGAAAGAGGUAACGCGUAUGGAAUAUUUUACUUAGCUUAUUGGAUUGGACCAUUUUUAGGUCCAAUGUGUGGUGGAUACCUUACCGAAUUCCUCGGUUGGAGAUGGAUGUUUUGGUUUUUAGCCAUAUACGGUG